UCGUUCGAAGAGUGCGGGCUUCCGGCGUCGAUGGUGAAGCACUUGAUGGAGAAUGUGGGGUUCGGCGCGCCGACGGCGGUGCAGGCGAAGACGAUUCCGCGAUUGUUGGCGGGACGGGACGUUUUAGUGCGCGCGGAGACGGGGUCGGGGAAGACGCUGAGUUACAUCGCGCCGUUGUAUAGUAAAAUUGGAGGGAUCACGCCGCGAGUGACUCGAGAGGAAGGCACGCGAGGGUUGGUGCUCGUGCCGACGAGAGAGUUGGCGACGCAAGUCGAGGACACGGCGCGGCGCGUCGGACGGCCGUUUCAUUGGGUGGUCACGAGCUCGAUCAUGGGAGGCGAAAAUCGGGCGAAAGAGAAAGCGCGAUUGCGCAAAGGCGUUUCGCUGUUGAUCGCCACUCCGGGUCGGCUUUUGGACCACUUGCGCAUGACGGAGUCGUUCAACGUCGACAACUUGCGAUGGCUCGUCCUCGACGAAGCCGAUCGACUAUUAGAUUUGGGAUUUGAAGAGGAUUUGAACGCGAUUCUCAACGAAAUCGGUCGACGCACCGAGGGCGCGAGUCUGUGCACGGCGCUGUUGUCCGCCACGCUCACGCCCGGGACGGCGCGUUUGGCCGAGCGAAUGACGGAUCCGGUGACCAUCGUCGUCGAGCCGGAAAAGGACGAUUUGGAAAUCGUCGGCGCCGACGGGAGCGAUGACGAGGAAGGAGGCACGAUGGACGUCGAUGGAUUAAAGCGCAUGGCGAAAAUAAUGGCUGGUGGCGAGCGCGUGCGCAUGCCCGAAGGGUUGAAUCACACCGUGGUCGAAGUUUCCAUGAAGGCGCGACUGCCCGCGUUGGCCGGUUUACUCGCUGGUUGGAUGCAAGGAUCAAUUUCCAAAGCGAUCGUGUUCUUUUCCUCGUGCGAAUCCGUGGAGUAUCACUACAAAACCUUGCGCUGGCUCGCCGCGGGAGGCAAAGGAAAGGUGAAAGACGACGAUGAUUCGAUUCAAGGGCCGUACGAAAUUUUCCGCCUCCACGGCUUGCUCAGCCAGGGCGACCGCGCGAGCGUGUUUAGGAACUUUGCCAACACCAAAGCGGGCGUGUUACUGUGCACCGACGUCGGUGCGCGCGGCUUAGACUUCGUCGGCGUCGGAGCAACGGUGCAAGUCGACGCUCCGACGGACGCGACGACGUACAUUCACCGCGUCGGGCGCACCGCCCGCCUCGGAUCUGAGGGCGAAGCCGUGCUCUUUUUACAACCCAAGGAGCGGGAAUUCGCAGAAGUGCUCACCGAAAAAGGCGUAAACUUCGCCAACGGUUCCGUCGUCGCGAUGUUAGACGUCUUAGAAGACUCCAAAGACGCGAGCGAACGAGACAAAUCGAUGUUCAAGAGCAUGCCCCAUCUCCAUCCCGCGUCCCAGCGCAUGCUGAAGAAGCUCGUCGCCAAAGUCGCGAGCGACAAGCAGUACGACGUCUUGGCCAAGGACGCGUUCCGCGCCCACGUACGCGCCUACGCCACCUUCCCUUCCGCAUUCAAGCACAUCUUUCACGUCAAGCGUCUCCAUCUCGGUCACGUCGCCGCCGCCUUCGGCUUAAAAGACGCCCCUCAACUCAUCGGCGCGAGCGCCACGAAAGCCGCGCUCAAGGCGCAAAAAGACGCCGCGAGGAAGAAAUCCAACGUCGACGCCAGGCGCAAGAAG